AUGAGACAGACGACCUUUGUCACCGGCCUCGCCGCUAUGCUGCCCUCUGCCGCUCAGGCCUGGUCUGUCCCAGCACUUCUCGACUCCCGUCAGAACAGCCCGCCUUACCAAGACGUUGUUUGCAAGCCCAAGACUGGCUCCAGUGGCCAGCUUCCCCCUUGCGUCCAGAUUGAGAACAUUGAGAUCGCUUGCAAGCCCAAUGGCACUGACCCGAUUCACUUCGAGGCUCAUGCUCAAUGCAUGUGCGGCGGAUCCUUCUUCGCUGAGAAGCUGGGUUGCGAGAGAUGCCUGUUCGUCCACGGCCUUCGCAGCGAGCGGUCCUUGGCUUACUACAGCGGCGUUCUCUCAUCCGCCUCGAAUGCUCUGUGCACUGGCACGCCUACUGCCGAUUUCGCCACCAUCUACUCCAACAUCGAGGUUGCUGCUACUCCCGUUACCACUGGUGCCACGGCUUCGAGUGAUCAAGCUCCCAGCGACACGGCCAUCUCGCUCUACUAUACGGCUAGCGGCCUUCAGGGUCCCGGUAGCAUCACUGGCGAAGCUGCUAGCGCUACCGGCACCAGCAAGAGCACAACGGCCAAGCCGACCACCACUGCGAUUGGCUCAACUACAGGAGGCGGUGCCUUCACCCGUGCCUCGACCACCGCUGGGACCACUGCUGCUGCCAGUGGUACGGCUACCGGCGACGCUGCCACCACCUCGCCCGCGUCUGGCAAUGGCGCGAUGCCCACGUACGCUGCAGGUGGCCUCAUGAUGGGUGCUGCCGGUCUGGCGGUGCUUGCAGGGUUGUAA